GACGCUGUUGAUCAAUCCAAUGUAAUAACUAAAACAGUACAACGCAGACCCUCCUUUACCCCCGUGGUUUUCGAAUUAUAUCAGGCAAUAUAUAGGGUGACAUUUGAAGAAAGCAGACUUGGAUUAACGUCUCUAUUUAGUUGUUGAGUGAUUAAAAGUAAACAUCGUAUUCUUUGGAUACACAGUGAGUGUUUUUUAUCGUGCUUUGGACAUUUCCGCCGUCGAAAAGAAAUUCAUUUUGAUAUGUUGUCCUCCUCACGGUGCGUAAAAUGGCGCUUUGGAUGCAGAUACCAUUGGAAGCUUCUGUUUUUCUUUUUCUUUCUCAACCAUUUGGUCAGAGGACAUAUCCGAUAUUCAAUCCCGGAGGAGAUGAAGAAAGGCGCCCUAAUCGGUAAUGUAGCUCAGGAUCUUGGCUUGGAUCUGAAAAGGCUCCGUUCUGGUCGGGCCCGCAUUGUGACCGGAGAGAGCGUUCAGUACACCGAGCUGAAGACAGACAAAGGGAUUUUAGUGGUGAAUGAGAGAAUGGACCGGGAGCAGCUUUGUGGAGACGUGACGCCGUGUAGUUUUAGCUUCGAGGUGAUUUUAGAAAACCCCAUGGAGUUACAUCAGAUUACCGUUGAAAUAACAGACAUAAAUGAUCAUUCUCCGACCUUUAAUAGAGACGCCAUGCAAUUUGAAAUAAGCGAAUCCGCCAGUUCUGGUGCUCGUUUUACUUUGGCAAGUGCAGAAGACCCAGAUGUGGGCGUCAAUGGACUAAGAGAAUAUUAUCUAACCGAGAAUGAAAAUUUUGUUUUAAAACAAAACUCUAAUGCAGAUGGUAAGAAAUAUGCCGAGAUGGUGCUUCAGAAACCAUUAGACAGAGAGACGACCCCUAAUCUGUCCCUAAAGCUCAUAGCUGUGGACGGUGGAAGUCCGCAGAGAUCUGGUACGGUAAAUAUAAAUAUAUCUGUUCUGGAUGCCAAUGAUAAUGCACCUAUGUUUAAUCAAUCUGUUUACAAAGCUACAGUCAUGGAAAACUCUCCAAGAGACACUUACGUUACCACUGUUAAUGCGAGUGACGCAGAUUUUGGCUCAAAUUCUAUCCUAACGUAUUAUUUUUCCGAUAUUAAAAGUGGCAUAAACAAUUUGUUUACUGUAAAUGAAAAUACUGGUAUAAUCUUAAUGACGGGUUUAAUUGAUUAUGAAAAAGACAAAAAGUAUGAACUUAGAAUCGAGGCUAAAGAUCAAGGGGGUUUGACAGAUUCCAGCAAAGUCAUAAUUGAAGUGACAGAUGUAAACGACAACGCCCCGGCGAUUAGUGUGAUGUCAUUCACUAGUCCUGUGUCAGAAGACUCUCCUCCUGGUACAACUAUUGGCAUUAUUAACGUAAAGGAUCUUGAUGCAGGUGAUAACGGAAAGAUUCACUGUAGAAUAGAACAAAACGCACCUUUUAAGAUUAAAUCUAAUUUACGAAAUUACUACACUUUGGUUACAGAUACUUUAUUAGAUCGUGAAACUGUUUCAGAGUAUAACAUCACUGUUGUUGCGACAGAUGCAGGAAUGCCUCCUCUCUCAACUAAAAAAACAUUUAAUUUAAAGGUGUUGGAUGUGAAUGAUAAUGCUCCACUAUUUUCAGAAGGUGCUUACACUGCAUUUAUUGCUGAGAAUAAUGCAGCAGGGGUUUCACUUAUUACUGUCAGGGCUAAAGAUUCUGAUGAAAACCAAAACGCCCGUGUAUCUUAUAUUCUGGAAGAUUCUUAUAUUGGUGGGUCUCAUCUCUCAGAAUACAUUUCUAUAAAUUCAGAAAGUGGCGUUUUACAUGCGGUGCGCUCCUUUGAUUAUGAACAAAUUAAACAGCUUCAGCUAGUAGUGAAAGCGCAGGACGGAGGCUCCCCUCCACUCAGUAGCAACGUGACUGUGAAAGUGCUGAUCCAGGACCAGAACGACAACCCUCCUCAGGUUCUGUACCCGGUCCAGACUGGAGGCUCUCUGGUGGCUGAGAUGGUUCCUCGUUCAGCAGAUGUGGGCUAUCUGGUCACUAAAGUGGUGGCUGUUGAUGUGGACUCUGGACAGAAUGCCUGGCUCUCCUACAAACUGCAGAAAGCCACAGACAGGGCGCUGUUUGAAGUGGGCUUACAGAAUGGAGAAAUAAGAACCAUCCGCGGAGUCACUGAUAAAGAUGCAGUGAAACAAAGACUGACUGUGAUCGUGGAGGACAACGGGCAGCCCUCUCGUUCAGCUACAGUCAUUGUUAACGUGGCGGUGGCGGACAGCUUCCCGGAAGUGCUGUCUGAGUUCACUGACUAUACACAAGACAAGGAGUACAAUGACAACCUGACAUUCUACUUAGUGUUGGCUUUGGCUGUAGUUUCCUUCCUCUUCAUCACGUGUUUAGUGGUUAUUAUAUCAGUCAAGAUCUACAGAUGGAGGCAGUCUCGCGUCCUGUAUCACUCCAAUCUCCCCGUGAUUCCGUAUUAUCCACCACGUUACUCAGACACUUUGGGGACAGGGACUCUCCAACACGUGUACAACUACGAGGUGUGCAGGACGAAUGACUCCAGAAAGAGUGACUGUAAAUUCGGCACAGUUGGUAGUCAGAACGUGCUGAUAAUGGACCCCAGUUCUACAGGAACGAUGCAGCGGAUACAAAGUGAGAAGAACAUCCUUGAUGAACCAGACUCUCCUCUAGAGGUGAGGACUUUUUUAUAGAUCUUUAAAAAGUGCGGUUGGUCUUUGGUCUCAAGUGGGCCUGGGAACCUUUGAGCUUUUGCAGCCUCAACUUAAAGUUAUAUUUUAAAUGAAUGGAGCUUAGUUAAUUACUGCUAAAUUCAUUAUGGAGUACGAGUGGUGUUGAAAAUAACUCAUUAGUUUAAUCGUAUUGUUUUCGAUCAUUUUUUACAUAUAUCACAGCUUUAUAGGAAUUAAUACAUUGUAAAAACGUGUUGUUUUUCUAAAUCAUGCUGAUCCUCCACACUAAAAGUUAUUUUGUAGUUAAUGUUUAAUCACAUUAUAUAAGAUUUGAGCCGUAAGGGAGGGUGUUUGUCUGUGAUAAAAGUGUUUAUAGUUAAUUCAGUGGAGCAACCUUCCUCCUGCCGCAAUUCUACUUCAACCAAAAACUGUAACAU